AUGCAAGCAUUGAAGAUAAAUGAGACUACGAAAGCUUUCUUGCUGCUCAACCUCAUUGAUUACUGGUUGGGUGUCCGAUUGGAGUUCCUAGGCGCAGUGAUCACUUUUGCAGUCGCGUACUUUGUCAGUCAUAACCACGCGGUACUUCCCAGUGCGAUGGCAGGCUUGCUACUAUGUUACUCGCAAGAUAUGACCUCGCUGCUCAAUUGGACCAUUCGUAGCAAAAUUGACAUGGAGAACAUGGUGACUAGUGUGAAGCGUACAGAUGAAUAUUGCCACGUGGAUGUUGAACCGGUGACGCUGCUCGCACAUCACCAUGAGCGCUACACUUUACCCAUGUCGCGUACGCUGCAGCUGCAACCCUAUUGGCCUGAGCACGGUAAAAUCGAUUUCGUAAAUGUUUGUGUCAAGCACGAUUCAAAUGCAAUGCCGGUGCUUCUCGAUAUCUCAUUUACCGUACAAGGUGGCGAGAAAGUUGGAAUUUGCGGGCGCACAGGGGCUGGCAAGAGUUUGCUUCUUCUCGCGCUUUUUCGAAUGAACCCUGUUCUUUUUGCAGCAAGUGUGCGCUUUAAUCUGGAUCCGACAGGACAGGCCACCGACAACGAAUUGUGGAAUGCAAUCCAAAAAUCUUGCUUGGAAAUUUUGUCAAGGGUUUAUCUCGCCGAAGUUCUGAAAGGAGGUAAUAAUCUUAGCGUUGCUUCGAUGGAUCACGUUACAGAUGAGUUUAUCCAGGCCUCAAUCCGUAGGAAGUUUGCCAGUGCUACGGUGCUGACGAUUGCUCAUCACGUAGAUACAAUUCUCGAUUAUGACAAGAUUCUCGUACUCAAGCAGAGUCGCAUUGCGGAGUUUGGUCCGCCAUCCGAGUUGCGAAGUAAAUCUAAUGGCGAGUUUGCUGGCAUGCUACAAGACUCGUGA